ACCCUGACUGGUGCAUGCGUCGCCCUGGCGGGACCGUGACGCCCAGAGCCGCAACAACGCGGCGGUGGAGGGGACGGGCAGCCGCAGGCCGGCUGGACCCCUCUCUCCGAGGCUGGACGGCCCCGGCCUCACGGAGGACGCCGCUCAACCAGCGGCGGGCUUCAUGGCAUCCUUGGCCGACCGAGUACGGAGCCACGGGCGAAUCGCUGCCGGGCUCCUGUUUAACUUGCUGGUGUCCAUCUGCAUCGUGUUCCUCAACAAAUGGAUCGACGCUCACUACGCUUUCCCCAACAUGAGCCUAACCUUGGUGCACUUCGUCAUCCAGAAGAUGGACACCUUCGCCCCCAAGAGCCUGCGGCCCUCCAAGCUCCUCCUCCUGGCCCUCAGCUUCUGUGGCUUUGUGGUCUUCACCAACCUUUCUCUGCAGAACAACACUACAGGUACCUAUCAGCUGGCCAAGGCCAUGACCACGCCGGUGAUCAUAGCCAUUCAGACCUUCUACUACCAGAAAAGCUUCUCCACCAAGAUACAGCUCACGUUGAUUCCUGUAACUUUAGGUGUCAUCCUAAAUUCUUAUUACGAUGUGAAGCUUAAUUUCCUUGGAAUGGUGUUUGCUGCUCUUGGUGUUUUAGUUACAUCUCUUUAUCAAGUGUGGGUAGGUGCCAAGCAGCAUGAAUUGCAAGUCAACUCCAUGCAGCUGCUGUAUUACCAGGCCCCAAUGUCAUCUGCCAUGUUGCUCGUUGCUGUGCCCUUCUUUGAGCCAGUGUUUGGAGAGGGAGGAAUCUUUGGCCCAUGGUCAGUUUCUGCUUUGCUUAUGGUGCUGCUAUCUGGAGUCAUAGCCUUCAUGGUGAACUUAUCAAUUUAUUGGAUCAUUGGGAACACUUCUCCAGUCUUCUAUAACAUGUUUGGACACUUCAAAUUCUGCAUCACUUUAUGUGGAGGAUACAUUUUAUUUAAGGAUCCACUGUCGAUUAACCAGGGUCUUGGCAUUUUAUGUACACUCUUUGGCAUUCUGGCCUACACCCACUUUAAACUCAGUGAACAAGAAGGAAGUAAGAGUAAGAUAGCGCAACGUCCCUGAGUUUCUAUGGAGAAAACGAAAGUUGCUCUGAGAACAUAAGGAAGGUUAAUAAGUGAGUAAGCUAGUUCCCAAAAAGAAAAAAAAAUGCAG